UCCUUGCGACUCGAUCAAUGUCUAAUAAGCAUAAAGUCGCUUUUUAUUGCAUUAACUCGUAUUAUAGUGCAGCAUUCUUAAUUUUUUGAAACGAUAAACUGCUAAAACUUUCUCAAGAAAUGUUAGAAUGACGUACAUCAAAAGCUCGGCGUAAUUCAGCGAUUAGCGAUCGCGCGGACAGAAUAGACCUGCAUAGCAGUCGUUAGACUUGCUUCGUUUCGGAAACAUGAAAAUAUACGUGAUUUGCGUCGUUGUUUUUUUCCUUGCACCAGCUGUUUUUGCUAGCUUUUCUCCGUUAAUAGAAGAUGAUUUUCACGCUUAUGAAGCAGAUUGUGGAGCGAGUGAUGAGAGCAUCGAAGCUGCUAGACGAGCCAGGCAACUACCCCAAAGCCCACAAAUGAACGCGUUCGCUUUGUGCAUGAUGCAAAAAUACAAAGUCAUGGCUGCAGAUGGAUCCGUUAAUCCCGACGUUCGGUCUUACGGAAUCAUCACUGACGGCCCUGACAAUACCUGGAGAGUUUCUGAACAUUGUAGAACUUUAAAUGGAAACAGCGCCGGAGAAACCGCGAGGAUGAUAAUGAACUGUUACCUGGACAAUAAUCAGUUGGUGAUGGGCUUGACUCCUCGAGUUUCCGCUUGAAUACUAAAUAUAUUUUGUUACGCACUUGAUUGUUAUGAAUAAUGCAAAUGCUCUGUAAUAGUAAAAUUUCCGGCUUUAUUAAAUAUACGUAAGAAAUA